UACUCAUUUUCAAGUCAAACCAAACUCUUCUUCAUUAGCCCCUUUUUGCUUCAAAUCCUCAGAGAUCUCUCAUAAUGGCUCCAAUUACUGUCGGCGAUGUUGUACCGGACGGAUCUAUCUCAUUCUUCGAUGAGAAUGAUCAGCUUCAGACCGUCUCUGUUCACUCCAUCGCCGCCGGUAAGAAAGUCAUCCUCUUUGGUGUUCCUGGUGCUUUCACUCCCACUUGCAGUAUGAGCCAUGUUCCUGGAUUCAUUGAGAAAGCAGAGGAGUUGAAGUCAAAGGGUAUUGAUGAGAUCAUUUGCUUUAGCGUAAACGAUCCGUUUGUGAUGAAGGCAUGGGGAAAGACAUACCCAGAGAACAAGCAUGUGAAGUUUGUAGCUGAUGGGUCUGGUGAAUACACUCACCUUCUAGGACUUGAGCUUGACCUCAAGGACAAGGGUCUUGGCAUUAGGUCAAGGAGAUUCGCUAUGUUGCUCGAUAACCUCAAGGUGACUGUAGCCAAUAUUGAAUCUGGCGGUGAGUUCACCGUUUCCGGGGUUGAAGAUAUCCUCAAGGCUCUCUAGAAAAUUUCUCUUGCUUGUUGUAUUGUGUAUGUAAACCGCCCUGUGUGAAGUAGAGGAUUCUAUAGCCUUAUCUCAUACAUAAUAAAGGGGUGUGUGACUUGCUUGACAUAAUAAAGUAUUUGGUGUUUAUGUUUUU